AUGUCUCCUCCGGCGGUGGAGAUUGGGUCUCCGGUUGAAACAAUCUCUUCUUUCCUAAACCCUACCGAAAAAAUCUCUGCUUUUUUCCCGGAGACUGUUCACUCUCACGAUCAGCGAACCAUGGAACCUCCGUCGUCGUCCUAUACAGGUUCCGGAAUCAUCUUCGGGUUUGAAGCUGGUUCAGGAGAAAAGACAAAGAGUCGACCAAAGCCGAGACUGGUCAAGCUGAGGAAGAACGGUAGAAAAGUGAAAGGAAGCUCUUUUUCCGGCGAGAUCCCCUCUGGCUUCAACCCAUUUGCGCCGCCCAUUAAUGUUAGUCUCCAUAUGAACAAUGUGAAUGAUAGGAAUGAUGCAGAGUCACCUGGGGAUAAAGGUUUUGUUUUUGGGGCUAAUGGGAAUAGAGAAGCUACUAGUGAAUCUGAUGAGGAAGAAUUUAGCACACCUAUAGGUGAAUCUGUAUUUGGUUCGGAAUUCACAAAGGAACAUUCAGAUGGUGUUAUAGGGAAGAAUCCAUUUGCUUCUGUGGAGGAUUUUGGAGGACAAAAUGGCAUAAACAAGAAUACAGCAGAGAGUAAUUCUUGUUCUGAUGGUAACACUAUAGAACUGAAUCUGCCUGCUGAGAUGAAGAAGCUUAAUAUCAAUGAUACCAGCGUUGAUGGCGGCAACGGCUAUGAGGAAGCAAGAGAAUCCGAUAACGCACCUGCAUUUAUCUUUGGUAGCUCUGGUAAGGUUGAUGCUGAGAGGACCGAGACCAUCAAUGCACACAACUUAACAAGCACCACCUUUGGUACAAGAACAUCCUUUGAUGAUUUCAAAGUACCCGAAUGGGAUCCUUCUGUGCUGAAGAACAGCCUGUUUCCAGAAGUGAGUAGAGAUCCAGUACAUGCACGAAGAAGUUUUUUAUCCAAGGAGAAGAGAUCAAAGAAAGUCAAGGAUAAAACGAAACGGCACGAGGUGAAUCAAUGCAACGAUCAGGCUUCUGAAAGGAUUGUGUCUCAAGAGAAACUCAGUUCACCUGGAUAUGGCUCACCAAUGGAUUUUUCUCCUUAUGAAGGUGAGAAAGCCAUCAAUCAGUUUCCAGCAGAACCUCCUCUGACACCAAUUGAUCCCUCAGAUUCGAGAGAACAUGUUGAUUCCUUCUCUAGCAGUGACCUUAAGGUUGUCUUCAAGGCAGAGGAUUAUGUAAGUAGUUAUUCGCCGACAUUUUCUUUCUCAGCGUCCACCUCUCAGGGACAAGUACCAUAUAAAAAGCUUCAAGCUGUAAAGAAAUAUAGGAGGAAAGUUGAUAACAUUUUCCCGAAGAUCAGUCUUAAUGCCACCACGCGAAACAAUCAAGAGAAUCAGCCUGUGAAAACAGGUCAAGCUAAACAGGAGUCAGGCGCUACAUCGUCGUUGCCUAAUGUAUGUGAGGUUUGGCGACUAAGGGGAAAUCAAGCCUACAGAAAUGGUGAUAUGCGUAAAGCUGAGGAAUGUUACACACAUGGCAUUAGUUACUCCCCGUCAAGUGUUGAUGAAGAGUACUCUGUGAAGCCUCUUGCGCUUUGCUAUGGCAACCGCGCAGCAGCAAGAAUUUCUCUUGGAAGAUUGAGGGAGGCUAUAAGCGACUGUGAUAUGGCUGCUUCACUCGAUCCAAGCUACAUUAAAGCGUAUACGAGAGCUGCAAAUUGUCAUCUUGUGCUGGGGGAACUUGGAUCAGCAGUGCAGUAUUUUAAUAAAUGCAUGGAAUCCGCCUCUAGUGUCUGCUUGGAUCGACGAGCUACUAUAGAAUCAGCUGAAGGUUUACAACAGGCUCAGAGGGUAGCUGACUAUACUAACUGUGCAUCCAUACUUCUGGAGAAGAGAACACCUGAGAACGCAUCUGAAGCAUUGGUACCUAUCGCCAAUGCCUUGUCGAUUAGUUCAUGCUCAGAGAAACUGAUUCAAAUGAAGGCAGAGGCCCUGUUUAUGAUCCGAGAUUAUAAAGAGGUGAUUGAGCUUUGUGAGAAUACACUUCAGACAGCUGAGAAGAAUUCUGUUUCAGCAGGGCUUGACGGCGUGGCACAUGUUAAUGGAUUAGGGUCUAAGUAUCACUCACUAAUAGUUUGGAGAUGCAGCAUGAUUUCCAAGUCGCACUUCUACUUGGGAAACCUUGAGAUGGCCCUUGAGAUAUUAGAAACGUUACAGAAUCAAGAAGAGUGUCGUGACUCACCAGCUUCUUUACUGGCCACCAUUUCUGAACUUUUACGUUACAAGAACGCAGGUAAUGAAGCUGUUCGGGCAGGGAAGUACAUGGAAGCUGUAGAGCAGUAUACUGCUGCUCUAUCAAGAAAUGUUGACUCGCGCCCUUUUGCAGCAAUUUGCUUUUGCAACCGUGCGGCUGCUAAUCAGGCGCUAGUCCAGAUUGCUGAUGCAAUUGCCGACUGUAGUCUUGCCAUGGCUCUUGAUGAAAACUACACAAAGGCAGUUUCCAGGAGAGCCACACUACAUGAGAUGAUUAGGGAUUAUGAUCAAGCAGCCAGUGAUCUCCAAAGGCUCAUCAGCAUUCUCGUAAAGCAAACUGAUGAGAAGACAAAAACGUCAGAGACAUCUGCUGAUCGUGCAAGCAGCAGGAAAGAAUUAAGGCUGACCCGUCAACGGUUGUCUGUGAUGGAAGAAAAAUCUAAAGAGAGCAUUCCUCUGGAUCUCUUCCUCAUCAUGGGAGUGAAGGCAUCUGACACUGCUGCUGAUAUCAAAAAGGCAUACCGCAAAGCAGCUCUUAGACAUCACCCUGACAAGGCUGCACAGAUUCUUGUCAGAAGCGAAAGCGAAGGACCGUGGUUGAAGGAGAUAUUAGAAGAGGUUCACAAGGGAGCAGAUAGGCUCUUCAAAAUGAUUGGAGAGGCAUAUUCAGUUCUUUCUGACCCAACUAAGAGGUCGGACUAUGAACUUGAGGAAGAAAUAAGAAAAGCGAGGGCAUCAAGAGAGAGCUACAGAAGCAGAUGUAGUAGAAACGCUGCAGAAGCAAGUAGCCCUCCAUGGACAAGUCCAAGCAGACGAUACUGGAGGGAGGAGAGCGGGAAGACACGAAACACGUCUUCUUGGUGAUCGCUACAAGAACAUGAUCAUGACGCGAAUGAGACUAUGAAGGAUUUACAGCUUUUGAGUGUGCAUGAUUCCGAAAGCCUGAGAGAGAUGCCGAGUUCCUCCAUCUCGGAACAAAGGCUACAAGAUCAUGGAACGUUGGUCCUAACCGCAGAGAUUUUGAGUAUCGAGCUUGAGAAACUCCAAAUUCUCAACGAGAAUUUGUGUGGUGAGAAUCUGGACUCUCUGAGUCUCACGGACCUAGAAUCUCUUGAUAGUCAGCUUCUACAUGGUUGGCUCCGCGUGGAAGAGCCAUUGUCAAAGAAAACGAUAGAGCAAGAGGAAGUUGAAAGAAGUAUGAUCAAGGAAGGUGUUGGGAUAAUGGAUGUUAAGAGCAAGAGGAAUGAAGGUUUGAGACUUCAAAUGUCUUUCUCUAAGGAAAGACAUCAUGCAAGGAAGAAGGCCAUAGAGCUCCGGAGCAGCAGCCAUUACCGACUCGAGAGCAGAAAACUUUGGAACCAUUAUGAAACAUUGGUGCAAACAAUUCAAGACAUGAAGUCGUACAUCUCGAGGAUUCAGCUUUGGAACAAGAGAAUGUGCGGUGAAGAAAUUGACGGCCUGGAUUACUUUGAGUUGAUGAUUCUUCGCAUGGAGAUGGAUGAUGCUGUGAAUAAUCUGUGGGACGAGAUUUCGAGGAGAACUGAGCAGUAG